CGGCCACCAUCAUCACAGCAGCGUUAAAGCGGAGCAGGACCACCGACAGACCCGGAGCAGGACCACCGACAGACCCGGAGCAGGAUGACUCUCCCCCGCUGAGGAUCCGUCGAUCAGCUCAGAGUCUCUCGGGACGGACAGCAGCUCAGCACUCCUCCGACAUUUUGGCUGAUUUGGGCUAAAAACAAACAAAACUCCCCCGAAAAAUCACCCGUGUCUUCCCCUCCGGGAUCGGACCAUCUUGGCGGCUUUCCAGGCGACAUCCGCGGGAUAAUAAUGGCAGAGCAUCUUUCUCAGAGUGAGCUGGACUAUCCCUUCAAACUUCUGGAGUAUUUCAACGGAUUCAGGGUUUCUAAGGUGAUCUUUUCAGCCUGCGAGCUCGGAGUGUUUGACCUGCUGCUGAAGUCCCAGGAGCCCCUGAGCGCCCAAAAUGUGGCCCGGGAGCUGGACACCAGUGUGGACGGGAUGGAGAGGCUGCUGGACGCGCUGGUGGGCAUCGAGAUCCUCGAGGUGGAGACGGCAGACGGGACAGCUCUGUACAGCAGCACAGACGUGGCGAAUCUUUACCUGGCCAAAGGCAGCGCCAAGUCUCUCCACGACAUGAUCAUCUACCAAUCCCAGACCAUCUACCCGCUGUGGAACAACAUGGUGGACGCCGUCAGGGAGGGGAGGAACCAGAACGAGAAGACCUUCGGCCUUCCACCGGAGGACGUUUUCCAGGCUAUUUACAGGUCAGAAGAGGAGAUGCUGAAGUUCAUGGGUCUGAUGAACUCCUCCUGGGUUCUAGACGGACACGAUAUUGUGACGGCGUUCAACCUCUCCUGCUUUCAGAACAUCGUUGAUCUUGGAGGAUGCACCGGUGCUCUGGCCCGAGAGAUGGCGAAGGCGUACCCGUCCUCCUCCGUCACGGUGUUCGACCUCCCGCAGGUCGUAGAAACGGCUCAGAAACAUUUCUCUCAGGAGAGCGACAUGGUGGUGUUUCGAGCUGGAGAUUUCUUCGGCGAUGAAAUCCCUCACGCCGACCUGUACGUUCUGGCCAGAAUCAUUCACGACUGGCCUGAAGAGAAGUGCCUCACGCUGCUGAAGAAGAUCUAUGACACCUGCCAGCCAGGCGGCGGCGUCCUGCUGGUGGAGGCCAUGCUGUUUGAGAACAGACGAGGGCCCGUCAUGGCUCAGAUCUUCUCCCUCAACAUGCUGGUGCAGGCGGAGGGCCGGGAGCGCCCGCCGUCCGAGUACACCCGCAUCCUCAGCAAGACCGGCUUCCACAACGUCCAGCUGUGCCGGACCGGAAAGUCCUACGACGCCAUCCUGGCCAUCAGAUGAG